GCUGAGGGAUGCUGAGGUAGGUUUGCCCGUUGCUAGUCUGUUAGCCACGUUAGCCGUGUCUGGUAAUCCUGACAGAAACAGCCGUUUCUUUUCAGUUUUUCAGACAAAACCACCCUAAGGAGAUACACUACACGACAUGGAGGGGAUGCAGCGCACGUGGCCGUCUUUUGUAUCCCUUCAUAUCAACAGCUUUUGGUUAGAUGUCAAAGUCAUAGUUUGUAGCUAGGGUUGUCCAGUUAGCUCAACUAGCCUGUGUCUGGUUAACGCAGGGCCAAGGCCAAGGCCAAGCGAGAAAAGGGAGGCCGUCGGGUGGAAAAAGGAGGAGAGGUGUAGGAUAUUGGGUUUUGAUCAGACCAGAGUCGCCUCCACCAUCAUCUUCGUCGCCAUCACCCUCAGCUGAGCCAUGUCUUCGUCAGGGUGCUGCCACCUCCCCGGCUCCCUUUGUGAUUACUCCGGGAACGCCGAAUCUGAUGCCUCCAAGGAUUCGGAGGAGUCUGAUUCUACCGCCCAGGCCCAAUACAUUGCCAAGGUUACGGCUAAAGAUGGCCGCCCACUCUCCACUGUUGUCAAAGCAGUGAGCUUGCAGAGUGAUGUGGGCAUGUGUCGGAUUUGUCAUGAGGGAGCUGGAGGGGAGACGCUGCUCUCACCCUGUGACUGCACUGGCACCCUGGGUAAAGUGCAUAAGAGCUGCUUGGAGAAGUGGCUGUCCUCCUCCAACACCAGCUACUGUGAACUCUGUCACACAGAAUUCACUAUUGAAAGACGACCACAACCACUCACUCAGUGGCUGAAGGACCCAGGCCCUCGCAGUGAGAAGCGCACGCUGCUAUGCGACAUGGCCUGCUUCCUUCUCAUCACACCCCUGGCAGCCAUCUCCGGCUGGCUGUGCCUGAGGGGAGCCCAAGACCACCUGCAACUGAAGAGCAGACUCGAGGCUGUUGGCCUCAUUGCCCUCACCAUCGCGCUCUUCACCAUCUACAUACUCUGGACACUGGUGUCAUUUCGGUAUCACUGUCAGUUGUACUCGGAGUGGAGGAGGACCAAUCAGAAAGUGCGCCUGCUCAUGCCCGACAUGAAAGGGGCGCACACCACCCAACGUUCUGUGCCGACCAAGUCGACCAAGAAAAUGACUGAUGAGACCAUCGUAUGAGUGCAGAAUAAUAAAAAAAAAAAGGCCCACUGAAACACUCUCUAAAAACAAAAUUAAUCAUAUUAAUGAAUUUUUUGCACUUCAUACGGACCAUUCUAAGAGGGGGGGAGCUGCUUUCUCCUUCUGUUUUCUUUUGUUGAAGCACUUGAUGUAAACUACUACAGUAUCGGCGGACCACAAAAGUGGUUUUGGGAACUCAUUCCGGAGUCACGGUUGAUGUUGAAACACAGAGUUGUCGCAGGACAGCGAGUGCUGGGAUGUGUAUGACUGAACACAUGGACAAUGGACUAACCAGCCAGACUGUAUGUUCGUGACAUAAACUUAUGAAAUACUAAGACACAGGCUAAUGUAGCAGGAUAUAACAGAUUCAGCAUGCUACUACAGUAUAAUAUGAAACAUAUUCACUACCUAUAAUUCCCCCAUGCCCCUUCACAAUGUAUUUAGCCAUAUUUGAACAAUGGGCAGCCAAUAGCCCGGCAGAGGAUGAUAACCUAAAAACAUGAUUGACAAAGUCUGUCGCUCAUACCGAUGUUCUUGUCUAUAAUCGGAACCCUUUUAAAGUUUCCUGAUAAAGCUUUGUCAUUGAUAAUGGUCCUGCACAGACAACAGCUAAGGUAUCACAUAUUUAUCACACAUGUUACGGGGUUAGUGAAGAUUGUAGUAUAUGGGAUAACACUAACUGCAGUCGUUAAACGGCAGUGCAGUAAUGUAUAAGGAAAUAGUAUUGAUCGUGUGGAAAAGUGUUUACAAUUGGAUGACGUCUCUCUAUUUGUCAUAAAAGUGCAUUAGCCCUGCUCCACUUGUAAAUGCAUUCAUUAAUUGAGCUGCCUAGCAAUGACCAGUAGUUACGUCCUACAUCACAAGAGAUGCAAUUUUAAAUAGAAGAGAUACAGUGUUCUGAAUAGUGAGAUUACAGACUUUUUGUCAUAUAUAAAACACAGAUGUAUCAGAGCAGGCUGGUACAAAAAAUAAAGGUGCAAAAGAGAAAUGUGUUCUGAGAUGUCAAUCAAUGUAUGCAGCAUAAUGCUAAACAAAGUAUUUUGUGCUAUUGUAGUCUUCCUGCUGCAUCCCCUGGGAAAGUUGGGUUAUUGUGCAAUAAAAAAUGAGGGACUCUUGGACUAAA